AACGGAUAUUAUCCGAUCAUUAACCGAUUACUUUAAUCGGAAAAAAAAGAAACCGAUCAGAUAUCCAAUCAGAAAAUAUCAAUCGAUCGGAUAUCUGAUCAGAAAGUUCAAAAUUCGGAACUUUCCGAUCAGAUAUCCGAUUAAAGUGAUCGGUUAAUAAUCGGAUAAUAUCCGUUCGUUACCUUUCCACCGGUUAUUUUUCUCAGUGAUUAUUAACAUAAAACGACGCGCAUUGUUUAAUUGUACACAGAAGACUUUGAUCAUCAAAAACGUAUUAUGUACAAGUCUCGCGUUUACCGAAGUGGCAGCGAUAUUUCGCCACAAGACAGCGGGUCCGAAAGUACACCGAUCCUGUCCUCGGAAUCUCGCACGAGUCUGGAGCUAUCGACGAUAUCCGAUGAUUUGGAAACAAGCGACUCAAAUUUGAGCCCUGCCGGUUGUUCUUUGAAAUAUGGGAGCAUCGAUGCCGCUAGUUAUAGUACAACCCUAACAGCUGUACCGAAAAGGCCGACCCCUCUAACGCGGAACAACGAGUUGUAUCUUUCGGCAGCGGCGCACUCGCCUUGCAUCGUGAAUUUCGUCCAUGAGAAGAACCACGAGGUAUUAACGAAUGAAAAUACCGAUAAAAAAGCGUAUGGAAUAGAUUUUCCAUCUGGAUCGCAAUUUCAAUCUGACAUGAUGGACAUCUCGUGCAAGGAUCUCAAGCCGAAGCAAAGUUCCUUAGUCACCAUAUUUUCAAUAUGGAAUACGAUAUUGGGCUCAUCGUUAUUGACUAUGCCAUGGGGAAUCGCGAUGGCUGGACUUUUUCCUGGGAUUAUCCUUAAUCUAAUGAUGAGCGGUUUAUGUCUAUAUACAGCUUAUCGUCUCGUAGUUGCAUACGCGUAUCACGGUGGAGGAGAAAAUAUAGAAGUCAUAGACUUGAGUCGAAUAUAUCUUGGCAAAUGGGCGGAGUACAUUGCCAAAAUCUUUAGUAUUGCUGUACUGAUAGGCGCAACCAUAGCUUAUUGGGUACUGAUGGCUAAUUUCUUGUAUAAUAUCGUGAAUUUUAUUUAUGAUAAUGCAGCUGGCUGGCCGACGCGUUCCAUACCUGAAAACAUUUCCAAUAUAGAAGUCUUAUGUUCAAAAAAACAAACUCAGGAUAACAAUACUGUUAUAAUACGCGAGAAGACAUUUGACGCAUUAGGACCAGCGUGGGAUUUACACAACACAGUUCCUGUGUUUUUAGCUUUAUUAAUAUUUCCAUUAUUGAAUUUUAAUAGCACAACAUUUUUUACGAAAUUUAAUUCCCUUGGGACGAUAUCAGUUAUAUAUUUGAUUAUCUUCAUUUUAAUAAAAUCCACAUCAUGGGGCAUUAACAUGGAUCAAAUAGAAUGGACAACAAGUUGGGAUAUACAACCCACAUUUCCAGCCCUCACCGGAAUAUUGGCAAUGUCGUUCUUUAUUCACAAUAUAAUAAUUAGUAUAAUGAAGAAUAAUCGUAAUCAAAAGAAAAAUGGAAGAGAUUUAACUAUAGCAUAUAUUCUUGUCACAUUAACUUACAUCAUUGUUGGAGUAACAUUUUUUAUAUGCUUUCCUCUGCCAAAGUCAUGCAUAGAAGAUAAUCUAUUGAAUAAUUUUCAAAAGUGGGAUGGCUUUACAAUAGGUGCUCGUAUAGUACUACUUUUCCAACUAAUAACCGUCUAUCCUUUGCUCGCAUUUAUGCUACGUGUACAAUUGCUCUCAUCAAUAUGCAAAACAGUAUCUAAUAGGAGUUUAGUACUGGUCACUAAUCUUAUACUAGUUUCUAUAUGUAUUUUGUUCGCAACCUUUAUGCCUCAUGUCGGAACUAUUGUUAGAUACACGGGCGCUUUAAGUGGAUUUAUCUACAUUUUUACUUUACCAAGUUUACUGCAUUUAUCGAUUUUAAAGAAAGAAGGGAAAUUAACUGUGCCUUCUCUGUUAAUCCACUUAAGUAUUCCUAUUAUUGGAAUUAUCAAUAUCAUUGCUCAAUUUUUCAUUUGAGAUCAUUGAUCACAUAAUUAAAAUCUCAUAAUCAUAAUCAUAAUCAUAAUCAUAAUCAGUAUGAUAGUGUUUAUAUAACACUUAAAAUUAAUUACACAUAAAUAAUCAUUAAGUAUACAUUGUUAUGUAUCUUAAGAGGAGUAAAAUCCUGUAGUUAUAAAAUUACAUUAAGUAACACAACAAAACAGCAAUGCAGGAAAACAAUGCAAAAUUUACAUUGAAUUUUUUACUUGUAAUCUCAUCAAAAUUGAUAAUCAUUUUAGAUAAUAAGAAAAUAUUUUUAAGAU